AAAAUAAUCAAAGAGUGCCUUUUGCUCGUCUCGCUCUUCGGAGAGAGAGGGGCGAGAAACGCACGACGAUCUCAUCGCCGGAGAGAUGGAUCGGAGCUCGGAGUUCGAUAAGAUGCGGCACGUCGCAUCCCUGGAGCUGAUGAUGGAAUGGAUGCCAUCGCCAUACGAGUCGCAGGAGAUAAACAGGCUCACUCUUGCCCACUUCGCCAUCUCCGGUCUCGCCAUCCUUGGCGCCAUAGAUCAGAUCGACAAGGACCGCGUCAUCAAUUGGGUUUUGUCAUUGCGAGCACUGCCCAAAGACAAAGCCGAGCUUGAGAAGGGAGAGUUUUAUGGAUUUCAUGGCUCUAGAAGCUCUCAAUUCGAUCGGCAUGACGGCAAGGAUUUAGUCCCCAAUGGUAGUCAUCUGGCGAGUACUUACUGUGCCCUGGCUAUACUCAGAAUUAUUGGGUAUGAUUUGUCAAGCAUGGACUCCGAAUCUAUCAUAAUUUCAAUGAGACACCUUCAGCAGCCUGAUGGGAGUUUUACUCCCAUUCAUCUUGGAGCAGAAACAGAUCUUCGGUUUGUUUAUUGCGCAGCUGCCAUAUGUUACAUGUUCAAUAAUUGGACUGGAAUGGACAGAGAAAAGGCCAAGGAGUACAUACUCAGGUGCCAGUCAUAUGAUGGAGGCUUUGGUUUGGUACCAGGUUCAGAAUCUCAUGGUGGUGGGACUUAUUGUGCUGUUGCAGCUCUCCGACUAAUGGGUUUUAUCGAAGCUGAUAUUUUGUCAAAAUCAACACUAGGGACAACUAUCAAUGUACCUUUGCUAUUGGAGUGGUGCAUUCAGCGGCAAGGAGUUAAUGGUGGAUUUCAAGGAAGAGCCAACAAGGCCAGUGAUACAUGUUAUGCAUUUUGGGUUGGUGGAGUCUUAAAAAUUCUAGGGGCCUACCAUUUUUUGGACAAGAAUGCAUUGCGAAGAUUCUUGCUUUCUUGCCAGUCUCAGUAUGGCGGGUUUCAAAAAUUCCCAGAAGAUGCAACGCCUGACCUUUAUCAUUCUUACUAUGGCCUCGCCGCAUUGAGCUUGCUAGAGGAGCCUGGACUCGUGCCACUUUGUGUCGAACUAGGCAUUCCUUCUCCAGAAAUCGUCUGAAUAUGACCAUCUUAUGUUUUUACUGAUUUUUCUCUUCUUAUUCAAGAACCAGCACACCUGAUUCAUCGUAUUUUGUAUCUCAUUACUUAUGAUUGACAUCUUGAUAAGGUAUAUUUGUAACAACAGGUACUAUAAAUUCAUUAGAUCCAGACUCAGUUUCACCAACAAAGCAUGUGUUAUUGCAACAUUGCAAGCUCUGAUUUAUGUGCUUUAUUCAUCUUUCUUGUUUAUUUUCCAUAGCAAUAGCAUGAUCAAGAGCUUACUAUAGCAACAAUGAUCAACAUCCAAAGCAAUAAGCAUUUGCUGCAAAACUAACUGGAAAA